AUGCCACAAGGGAUUGAAAAAGACGCUGGACGAUUUCCUUGGCUCGGCAUCGUACAACAUGGGUUUAAUGUGGGAGAUAAACGCUUCUACGUUAUUUCAGGGGCAGUGCUAAUACAUCCAGUAUUUGCUAUUGCUGGAGCUGAAGAUAUAGCUAAAAUUGAUCCUGUAAUGCUAGUGAAUAAUACGGAACUGAUCUUCUGGAAAUCUGCAAAGAAAAAGAUUGCAAUAACUGUACAAGAUUAUACUCUGCAUCCAGAGUUCGAAAGAGGGACUACUGUCGCUUCUAUAGCGUUACUUAGUAUCAUGCAUCCGCUUGUAUCUGAAUUUAGUGAAGUUAUUGCUCCUGUCCGACCAAUUUGCAUGCCAUUGUCGGGGAUUGGAUCUUACGCCGACAUGUAUGCUGUGAAGAUAACUGAUGAAUUGGGGGACCUGCAGAAGGAAGUUUUUAAAAUGGAUAUCGUGGACAAAAAGCAAUGUGAAGAUUUUUACAUCCAAAGUGAGUUGAACCACCCAAAAAUGAUUCCUACGAACCCUUUCUGUGCUGUAUCGACCAAUAGCAAGUCUGCUUGCAUCUGGGAUUCAGGAACUGCGCUCAUAACUCGUCAAUCUUGGGGAUUUUAUCAAUUGAUCGGUUUUGGCGUGCGAGGGCCUGGGUGCGCUGCGCCAACAAAAUUUCUACACAUAAUGGACUAUAUGCCAUGGAUCAAUGAUUUAAUUCAGAUCGCCGCUUCCCAGGAUUACAGCGAGGCUGAAAAUGAUGAAGGGUUAACGAUUGGUUUUCGCAGACUAUCACCGACAAGCCUGGUGUUCUAUCCUAUCUCUCAAACUUUUCCGAGGUAUAUUGGCGUUUGUGAUGUAAAUGAACGUGGUAGAACAUUAUACAAGGAUAUUGCUGAAAUAACUGCAACCGGGAAUGUUGCUACGGGAUAUUAUCUUGUAAGCGUGACACAAGAUGCCUCUUUCUAUUGUGGCGAAAUAUUUCUAAAGGUAAACCGAAGGACCAAUGCUGUCAUGUGGGUAGAAAAUCAUAGCCAUAGAGCCAUGGAAGGUAUGACAUAUCAUCAAGAGAGAACUGGCUCGCUAGAAGAGUUAGAGUGCUUCGUCUACUUCAGGUCUACAGCAUAUAUUGAGUUCAAGUUUAUAUUUUCCUAUUCAGCCUUCCUGUAUGUUGUUUUGUACGGAAAACUGGAUAAAACAGGCUUCUAUCACCCCUAUAAGAGUCAUCCAACAACAACAAGUUGGUGGCCUACUCAUAAAUUGGAAAUGAGUAAAUUCACCCCGGCAGAUAGACCUUACUGGUCGCUUCGAGUAAUCAAACUAGUUGAGAUAAUGUACUUUUCAGUUAAUAAAAGUGGUUGUUCUGUAUGGGAAAAACUACCAUGUGCUCCUGACGAAAAACAUUUUAUGCCAGAAGGUAUCGAGAAGGACACUGGGCGAUUCCCUUGGCUUGGCAUCAUACAAUAUGGUUUUACCGUGGGAGACAAACGUAUAUACGCAAUUUCAGGCGUAGUGCUUAUUCAUUCGUUAUAUGCGAUCUCUGCUGCUGAGGACUUGGCGAAAAUUGAUCGUACAAUGCUAGAGAACAACACAGAGCUAAUUUUCUGGAAAACUGCAGAUUAUAAAGUUGCAGCACCAGUUAAAGACUAUAUACUGCAUCCAGAAUUUGAAGGAGAAAUAACAUCGGCAACUUUAGCGUUGGUUAGCAUGGUCCAUCCGUUUGAGACUGACUUCAAUGAAUUCAUAGCUCCUGUGAAACCAGUUUGUAUGCCCUUGUCUGGAAUUGGAACAUACAACGACAUGUAUGUUGUUAAAUUUACUGACGUUACGGGCGAACUACAAAAAGAAGUGUACAAAAUGAAACCCAUCGAUAAAAAUGAAUGUGACAAUUUUUAUGUUCAUAGACAGUUACACUAUGAUAAGAUGAAUCCCACGAACCCGCUGUGCGCAGCAUCAUUUAACGCUACAUCGGCCUGCGUCUGGGAUUCAGGAACUGCGCUGAUAAGUCGUCAAUCAUGGGGGUUCUGGCAAUUGCUUGGUUUUGGCGUAAGGGGACCCGGCUGUGCUGCACCAACAAAGUUUCUGAAUUUAAUAGAUUAUAUAGCAUGGAUCAACGACAUCAUUCAAAGUGCACCCUUCCAGGAUAUUUAUGAUGAUAAAAACCAGGAAGGACUCACGCUUGGUCUUCGUCGAUUAUCGCCUACCAGACUCAUUUUCUAUCCCGUUACUGCAGUUUUGCCACGAUAUCUCGGUGAUUGUCAUGUAGAUGAACGAGGUAGAACCUUAUAUAGGGAUCAAAGUCAAAUAGCUAGCAACACCCACUUUGCACAAGCCUAUUAUCUUGUAUCAGUGACACAAGAUGCUUCUUUCCAUUGUGGCGAAAUAAAUCUGCGUGUGGGUCAAAGGACCAAUGCCGUCAUGUGGGUAGAAAAUCAUUGCCAUCGAGCCAUGGAAGGAAUGGUGUAUCAUCAAGCGAAAACUGGCUGGCUUGAAGAAUUAGAAUGUUUCAUAUACUUCAAGUCAACAGCAUAUCUUGAGUUUAAGUUUACAUUUUCCUUCAAAGCUGAAAUCACAAUUGUUAUGUACGGAAAGCUAGAUGAACCUGGUUUUCAUCACCCUUAUAGGCGCAGGCCUAUAACAACGAGUUGGUGGCCUACUCACACACUCAAUAUGGGAUUGUUUGUGCCAUCGUAUCGACCGUUUUGGCGUUUAUAA